CGGCCCCACUCCCUCCCCGCGCGCCCUCCGCAUAGCCCGCCAGGCCCCCAGCCCGGCCUCGGCGGCCGCACUCACCGCCUCGCUCCGCGCCUGCGCCGCGCGCCACUGGGGCCCGCCGCGAGGGCAGGGAGGUGACUAGGGGUGAAAACCACGCAGCGGUUUUGGGAAGGAGAUGCGUUUGCCUGCCAGCGCCGGCGCCGUCGUUCCACUAGCGUCAUGCCCUAGCAGCGAGGGACUUUUGAUUUGCGCUGGUAGCUGGACAUCAGCUCUCUGUUGGCUUAGCCGACUCUUCUGAGAACCAACUCAUAGAAAAGCAUGUGGGAUCUUAGUUCCCAACCAGGGACUGAAUCCUGUGCCCUCUGCAGUGGAAGCACAGAAUCUUAACCGCUGGACCACCAGGGAAGUCCCAUGAUGCGUUUUAACCAGACUUAUUGUGAUAAUCAUCUUAUUAUUAUGAGAUUCCUGCCCCUUCCAUCUAGGAAAGUGCUUCAGUUUUAAAGGAUUGAUGGUAUUGAUGUUUCUUGUGCAUCUAGCAGAACUUCUAGAAAGGAAAGUGUGGCCCAGAUAUUUCAGCUUGGAUGAAACAGAUGGGGCGAAACACGGAGUUGCUGAUCGUUUCUGCCCCAUGUGGCUGCAAAGCCAGGCACCUGAUUGUGUGCUCUGGGAGUCAUCAUGGUGUAACAUGUCCUUCUAAAAGGGAGGCCAGUUUCCUUGCUGCCAAAAUGACAGAUGUCUGAUAAUUUAACUUUGCCAGUAUUGGUAGAUAGUCAUUGGCUUCAAUUUAUGAUUAAUAACUGGCACAAGGAGAAAAUUUGAUUUUCUAGCCUAUUUGCUCCUUUGUGGAUCUUUAGGCGCUUAAAAUGGAGACAAAUGACAGAAGCUGAACUCCAUCUACCGUGAGCAAAAAAGUGGAUUUAUUGACUCUCAUAACAGGGAGGCGCAGCCAGGAGUGGAUUAGCGUCAGGCACAGCUGGUUCAAACAUCAUCAUCCAGGCUGCUUCCCUCUCUCUGCUUUUUGUCUGUCCUUGUCUGUUCUACAGGCAGGUUCCCUUCAUGUGAGUUCUUCCCCCAGUCUUUAUAACAACCCCAUGGAGUUUGUAACUAUUCCCAUUCUACAGAUUCAUACAUCCAGCUUCCUAACACACCCACCAACUUAGAUGUUCCUGCACAGAUAAUUGUGGAAUUGGAUUGUAACUCUAUAUGAGACACCGGGGUCCAAAGGCAAACCCCACAGGAUUCCUGCUGGCAAAAGCUCACAGUCUAACUGGGGAGGAAGACAGGACAGCCUUUUCUGCCUCAGGGAGGAAGAGAAACAUAGACCACAGUGAUGGAGACCCGCCAGAUGUGCACAGGAAGCUGCCAUCCAGUGCCGGAGAGGACCGAGCCAUGCUGCUAGGGUUUGCAAUGAUGGGCUUCUCUGUCCUAAUGUUUUUCUUGCUGGGAACAACCAUCCUAAAGCCCUUCAUGCUCAGCACUCAGAGAGAAGAAUCGAACUGCACUAUCACCCACACGCACAUCAUGGAUGACGGGAUGGACUGUGCUUUGCCCUGUGGUGUGGACUGCUGAGGUCAGGGCAAGCACCCGUGUCUGCAGGUGUUUGUGAACCUCACCCAUUCAGGUCAGAAAGCGCUCCUACAUUAUAAUGAAGAGGUUGUCCACAUAAAUUCCAAGUGCUUCUACACACCUAAGUGCCACUGGGAUAGAAGUGAUUUGCUCAGGGGUGCUCUGGACAUAAAGGAAUUCUUUGAUCACAAAAAUGGGACCCCCUUUUCAUGCUUCUACAGUCCAGACAGCCAAUCUGAAGACGUCAUUCUUAUAAAAAAGAUAACUUUCAACAUACACAUUGCCUUACUGGUUACCUACCGAAGAUCAAGACCCUGAUUUUGCCAGAUAUUUUCCAUAAUGCGAAUAAUCUGAAGUGUUAGCAUAUCUUGCCGUAAGUCUGAAAUUCAAAGAACAUGUAUGUAUACCAUCACUUAAUGCCACAAGUGCAAAUUUGAGUAUCACAUCAUCACAAUGUUUUCAAACAGAAAAUACACAGAACUAUGUUUGCACUUCAAAAUAAUCUAUAAGGAAGCGAUAAUCUGAGUCUUUAACCCAUUUCUAAAGUAUCUGCAUAAACACAUCUGUAUAACAAUGUAGGAUACGCUGGCAUGUAUUUCACAAAAAAGUUAAAAUAAAUUACUUAUUUUUCUGAAUUUUUAAAUUUGAACAUGCUUAUCUUAAAAUAAUUGGAUUAACAGAAUUCACUGCUGAAAGGUCAUUUCCUAAUGAAAACCCAUCAAUGCUAAUUUGUUUAGUAUAUAAAAAUGUAUUCUCCCACAACCUCUUCUCCAAAGAAACUAGGACCUUCUUUUAUGAUUCCUUAGCAGACCACACUUUUCGUUUGUACCAGGGUUGUAAUUUUGUUUUUGUAGUUAUUUGUUUAAUGUCUCUCUUUUCCCUGCCAGACUGUAAACUGUAAGAGGGCAGGAAUUCUGUUUCGUGUAUUCUUGCAACCUCAGGGCCUAGCAUAUCAAAUAUUUAUGGAGUGAAUGGAUAUACAGCUAAG